CAUGAAGCGCCAUGUGUAUGGCUUCCAAGCCCAGCCCUCGUCGCUUUCAUGAACCUCCUUUUUUUCCCCUUCACUUCCUUUCUCUCUGAUUCUUCUCUCUCUCUCUCCCUCCCAUAAACCCAAAACGCUUCAUUUCAAAGUCCCAAUCUUUAGGGCACGCAACAGUGCAACACGGAAAUAGAAUGAAGCGCGACUACUAUGAAAUCUCCGACGACGAAUGGGACCAACACGAAGAACAGUUCAAGCCCUCACGAAUCCUCAAGAGACCCAACUCCACUCCUCCUUCUCCUCCUCCCAUCGAGUCCUUCGCUUACAACAACAAUAAUUGCCACGACGAGGACGACGAUUGCGUUGAAAUCACUCGCGCUUCCGCAGCUUUUCCGGACGAAUUGGACGAUCUGGAGGAUGAUGACGUGGAUAACAACAAUUCCACUGCAGCUGCAGCCCCGAAUCGUGGCCGUCGGUUCAUCAUCGACGAUGACGACGAAGAUGGCGAGGAAGAGGAAAGUAAUCGGAAUAGGAAUAGGAAUGUUGCGGAAUUGUAUGAAAUAGGGUCAUCUUCUUCGGAGGAAAUUGAGGAAGAAGAGGUUAUGGAAGGUGAUGUGGUUGGUAGGGCUUUGCACAAGUGCGCAAAGAUAUCGGCGGAGCUGAAGGGGGAGCUUUUCGGGUCGUCGGUGACUGCAUGCGACAGGUAUUCUGAAGUGGAGUCUUCUUCAGUGAGGAUCGUAACUCAGGACGAUGUAGACGUUGCGUGUGGGUAUGAGGAUGAGGAUUCGGAUUUUCAACCUCUACUGAAGCCGUAUCAGCUUGUUGGUGUCAACUUCUUGCUUCUACUGUAUCGGAAGCGGAUUGGAGGAGCCAUAUUGGCAGAUGAAAUGGGGCUGGGCAAAACUGUUCAGGCCAUUACAUAUUUAACUUUGUUGAAUCACUUGCAUAAUGAUCCUGGUCCACAUCUCAUAGUAUGUCCUGCCUCUGUUUUGGAAAACUGGGAAAGGGAACUAAAGAAGUGGUGCCCAUCAGUUUCUACUCUUCAAUACCAUGGGGCUGGACGAACAGCAUAUUGCAAGGAGUUGAACUCCCUCUCGAAGGCAGGGUUGCCUCCUCCAUUUAAUGUUCUUCUUGUGUGUUAUUCACUUUUUGAACGGCACAGGUUCGUUUGUCUACACAGAGAUGCCAUUUCUACAAAAUAUUCCGGUGUUAACUACAUGUUUAUAAUUUAUAUUCACUCUAGUCCACAGCAGAAAGAUGAUCGUAAAAUAUUGAAGCGCUGGAGGUGGAGCUGCGUGCUGAUGGAUGAAGCUCAUGCUUUGAAGGACAAAAAUAGCUUUAGGUGGAAAAAUUUAAUGGCUGUUGCACGGAAUGCAAACCAACGAUUGAUGUUGACUGGGACACCACUUCAGAACGAUUUACAUGAGUUAUGGUCGUUGUUGGAGUUUAUGAUGCCUGAUAUUUUUGCUACUGAAGGUGUUGACUUAAAAAAGCUGCUCAAUCCAGACAAUAGAGAUUUAAUCGGUCGUAUGAAGUCUAUAUUGGGGCCAUUUAUUUUGCGGCGUUUGAAAUCUGAUGUGAUGCAGCAGCUUGUUCCUAAAAUACAGAAGGUUGAAUAUGUUGUAAUGGAAAAGCAACAGGAAAAUGCUUAUAAGGAAGCCAUUGAGGAGUAUCGUGCUGUCUCACAAGCUCGGAUAGCCAAGUGCUCUGAGCUUAACACCAAAUCUGUUCUUGAAGCUCUUCCACGCCGACAAAUAAAUAACUACUUUGUUCAGUUCAGAAAGAUUGCUAACCAUCCCUUGCUGAUACGGAGAAUCUAUAAUGAUGACGAUGUCAUUCGCUUUGCUAGGAAGUUGCAUCCAAUAGGUGCUUUUGGUUUUGAAUGUACUUUAGACAGAGUUAUAGAGGAACUUAAAAGUUACAACGACUUCUCUAUUCACCGGCUUUUACUUCACUAUGGUGUCAAUGAUAGAAAAGGGAUACUUUCCGAAAACCAUGUUAUGCUUUCUGCAAAAUGUGGGGCCUUGGCAGAGCUUCUUCCUUCACUAAAGAAGGACGGUCAUCGUGUCUUGAUCUUUAGUCAAUGGACGUCAAUGCUUGACAUAUUGGAGUGGACCUUAGAUGUCAUUGGAUUGACCUACAAACGACUUGAUGGAAGUACACAGGUGGCUGAAAGGCAAACGAUAGUUGAUACAUUCAACAACAAUACUUCCAUUUUUGCAUGCUUGCUAUCGACAAGAGCCGGAGGACAAGGUUUGAACUUAACGGGAGCUGACACAGUUGUAAUUCAUGACAUGGAUUUUAACCCACAGAUUGAUAGACAAGCAGAAGAUCGUUGUCAUAGAAUUGGUCAAACGAAGCCUGUAACCAUAUACCGGUUGGUAACUAGGGGAACAGUUGAUGAAAAUGUAUAUGAGAUCGCGAAGAGAAAGUUGGUACUCGAUGCUGCUGUCCUCGAGUCCAUGGAGGAGGUUAGUGAUGGCGACAUGCCUGAGAAAACCAUGGGAGAGAUAUUAUCUGCAAUUUUGUUGAGUUAAAAUGUUGAGCUUAAGAAAAGUUUUAAGCAUAAUUUACCAUAACGCCAAGUAUUUUUCUUUUGACUCUUUAGUCCUUUUUUUUAAUUAAAUAUUCUCCAUUAAGUACCCUUCUUGUAUUAUCCUUUUGAAGGGUUGGGAGAAAUGGGUAUUACCUGCCCUACAAAUAGGUAAGAAUGGCAUGCAGUUGUACAUGUGCCUUAAUAUCCAUAUACUAGUGAGUAGACAGUAGUGAAGGUGAAUUAUCUUAGUGUUAGUAUCAAUAUGACAAUGAUUAGAAAGUCAUGGUAGAAAUUAGCAGAUAUGUUACACAUUUCUCCUAGAGCCAUAAUGAUGAAAGCUUUAUGUUGCAUUUCAUA